AUGUGUUCCGGCAAUCAUACACGCGAUCUUCUCUCUCUCGAGAAUGAAACUCAACCGCCGACUAACGAGAACGCGAACCCGCCGUCCGAUAACGUGUCCGCCGCGAGUUUCGCGCAAGUGCGUCUACCUAAUUUUUGGCGGCACUCUCCACGCGAAUGGUUUUUCCACGCCGAGGCCGUUUUCGCGAACCACCGUUUACGUUCUGACACCUCGAGGGCGAAUUUCGUUAUCGCCGCGUUAGACGAGGAAGGCAUCAAGACUGUUUGCGACCUCAUCGGGCCCGAAGUUCGUUUCGAGAGCCUUAAACAGCGCCUCAUCUCCGCAUUCGCGGUACCCCAAACCACGCGUUUUCGCAGCAUCGUCCAGCCAGGCGGUCUAGGCGAUAGACGGCCAUCACAAUUGUUGCGUGACAUGCGCUACAUUCUUCCGGACAGUAUCGGCGAGGACGCUCUCAAGCAGUUUUGGCUACAAAAAUUGCCAUCAACAACCGCCGCGAUCAUUUCCGGACAAGAUGGGUCGCUGGAGGAACUCGCAGCACGCGCUGAUCGGGUCAUGGAGGCGACGUCCACUUACGAUGUUCACGCGGUGAACACGUCCGAACCGUCAACCGACCGAUUCCGCUCAAUCGAGAACGCGAUAGCAGCACUCACGGCACAAGUCGCCAGUUUGGCCACACUGCAGGCCAACGGUUCUAAUCACAGCCGCUCGAGAUCGCGCUCCAAAUCACGGUCGAACAAUAACAAAAACAACGGCAUGUGUUUUUAUCACAACCGUUUCGGUGCGUCCGCUCGUAAAUGCAUAGCACCUUGCGCUUACAAGUCUCCGGAAAACUAAUAGGCGCG